AGAAGAAAGCAUCUCUUUGUUUAAAGGUCACCUGUAAGUGUAGUUGUUGUUUACCAGAGAAGAUAGCUUCUCUUUGUUUAAAGAACACCUUACCAAUAAACUUUAAUGAUCUGCUAAAGGAUUAUACAUUGCAAGGUUUUCGUAUUAUUGCUCUUGCCUGGCGGGCACUUGACAGAGAGUUGACGUGGCAUCAUGUUCAGGAAUUAAAAAGAGACCAAAUAGAAAUUGAUUUGACUUUCCUGGGUCUUCUCGUAAUGCAGAACAAACUGAAACCAGAAACUAUUCCUGUGAUACAGAUACUUCAUAAAGCAGAGAUCCGAACAAUGAUGGCUACAGGUAAUGUUGUAUAUCUUGUG